AUGCGCCUGCGCGGCCUGGACUCUGAUGAGUUGAUCAGCGGCAGGUGUGCGCGUGGCCGUGCACGCUCCCGACACGCCGAGAGAAGAGACACGAUGUUGUUGGAGGUAAAGAUGGAGGACUGUCUGGAUCGUGGCGACUCUUCUGAUCUGGUUUCUCUGCUUCGUGAUGAAGGACUGAGCAGCGUCACACUCACCAGACUAGACCAGCUGGUCACCAAGGAUCUGUGUGGAUCCAGGUUCAGCAGAGUUCUGGUUGUGUUGAAGUCCUUAGAGAUUCUGUCAGAGGACAAAGACAACCUGCAGACGCUCAUAACCUACGGACUGACUGCUAAAGUGGUGUUGUGGUUCGAAGCUGUCCAUGACCUGCUGACCUCUGACCUCCAGAAGAACUCUGCCUCCCUGCUCUGCCUCACAGAGGAGUUCUAUGACUACUUCCUGCUCCUGGGUCAGGCGUCUCUUCCAGGUCUCUUCCUUCAUUCUGUAUCUUUGAUCUUCAGUUACAGUUUGUUCACUUUGAGUCUGAUGUUGUCUGUCUCCACCUGUCUGUCUCCACCUGUCUGUCCCCACCUGUCUCUCCCCAUGUGUCUGUCUCCACCUGUCUGUCCCCACCUGUCUCUCCCCAUGUGUCUGUCUCUACCUUUGGCUCGAUUCACUUUAGAACCAGAGAUCUUCUUUCCGCUGAGACUAGAGGCCAUCAGAACUUUAAACAGCAUCCUGGAGUCUCUGAGCCGCGACCAGAGGAAACUGAUCCAGACCGCCCAGAGCCCGUCCCCCAUACUAUCUGAGGUGGCAGCAGCAGUUCUGACCGUUGGAGACUACGAGCUGCAGGUCAGCCUAUCAGAGGCUCUAUGUCGACUGACUCCCAGGAAGGAACGACAGCACAGAGCCAAUCAGUGGUUCUCCAGCCGUGACAUCAGCAGUGCCUUCUGUGACAUCAGAGACGGAGACUUUGAGGUGGACUGCCGCCAUUUCCUGAACUUUGUCAAUGGUUACCAUGGCGACCAGAGGAGGGUGUACACCUUCCCUUGUCUCCGAGCAUUCCUGGGCUCCACUGAGCUAUUUCGACCAAAAGACGACAAACUGGACCAGUUCUGGAUCGAUUUUAACGUCAGCUCAGGAUGUGUCAGCUUCUUCAUCGACGAGCCUCAGGCCUUCCUGUGGGGGUCGAUCCACCUGCUGAGGGGGGACGUGGAUCAUUACAGUCUCCAGCUGAACCAACACGAGACGGUCCUCAGCGUCUGGCUGAACAAUCCCAUCAUGCACCACAACAGCAGAGGUCAAACAGUGGAGCUGAAGUUUAACUCUGAACACCACCAAGAGCUGGAGGAGGCUGCUGGGAGAGUCUUCAUGAAAGUAAAGAGUUCCUGCAGAGAGGAAGACUCAAGUGGUACGCUCCAGGUGUCCCCCUCUGCACACAGACACAAUGGUAGAUCCUACAGCAGGAAGAAACCACAGAGCAAGAGUCAGCUGAAGAUUUUGCCCCUGUCGUCUCCGAGCAGUGAAGAAGACUCCUCUGUAACCAAGACUCCAGUGAGCAGAUCAGAGUUUCUGUUUGAUCAGAUUCAACACUCGACUCCGACACACGACUCAGGUGUUCCUGUGGGGGCGGAGCUAGAGGUCUCUCAGGAAACGACGGGGGAGUUUGGAGAAUAUGUCUCUCCUUUAAGAAAAGUACAUUUCCUCUUCUUUUAUUAAAAACACCAGCUGUUUCCUCUCUUUUUUC